GGCCCCUUUGGGUGGAUGAGCGAAGUUUGGAAACUUUGGACCGUCAAAAGAAGGCGAAUUAUUAGGUGGUUGCGGGGAGCGGAGCGAGAGGCUGGGAUAGCAACCAAAGCAGAAAGAAGAGGCAAAAGGCUGCCUGGGUGAUACAGAAAGGUGAGCCAUUCCUAGAUCGGGUUUUAAUGAACGCUGAGAAGUCCCAGGGCAGAACAUUGUACGGUUAAGAGGUCAGCAGGAGAUGGAGGGGAUAGGGAAUAAAAGCGAAUAAGGGCGUUUUUUAAGAAAACAUCUGGGGUUGGGACUGUUGGCUCAUAGCUCAGAGAUCCAAACUCGGUCCUCGAAUAACAUCCUUGUUCGCAGAACGUGGGGUUAAUUUUUGAGUGAGUCAUCUAUGGGGCAAGUGAUGGGGGUGGGCUUGGCUGGAGAUGCAGGUGGGCUGCUUAUGGGGCAGAAGUUGAGAGAGAAUCUUGGGGUGUGAUAUGUUUCGAGGCCUCAGAGUCAGUGAUGGGGGGGGUGUCGUUCUCAGUGUCACUGUGAGGCUGGGUGGGAUGAAACCAGUUUAGAAUAAAAAGCCGGUUUGGCAGAAGAAGAGAGAACUGUUCGUGUAAAAAUGAGGCAGAGGUGGACAGUACAUGUGGACAGUAUGUGUGGACCCAAGGGACUUUGACAAAGAGGAUCAUGACUUGUUGAUUUGUGGUUUAAUAUGUCAUUUUGCUACUGACUGUAUAUUGAGGAAACCCAGCAAAAACGCCUGUCCUUGUCAAAACGCAUGUCUGUCUGGUGUGUGUGCAAAGUAUUUAAAAGUGCCCUUGUGCAAAACACCCAUGGAGGUGAAGGCUGAUGUGCUCUUUAAGGUCCAAGAGGCCAGACACUGGUUGUGAACCUGCACAUAUGAGAGAGCUCCCUUGUACACGGAAUCUGAAAAGCUCUUGUGCAACUCGAGACGUUCCCAUGAGUGUAAAUGUGUCAUGGACAGCUUACAUAAGUGAUCCGGAUUGCGCAUACUUCUGUAUGCAUAACAAUGAUGAGCGGAGCUUGAACCGUCUUGCUGAAACAGGGUGUGAAUGAGCAGAUGUGACAGAGGCCUGUAUUUUCACAAAUGAAGGUGGCAUACAGAUGUGUGUGAACUGGCACUGCUGCAGAUGUGAGUUAUUAGCUCAGCCAAUGGAAAGGCAGAGGAGUGAGUCUGUGGGUCUUGCACGCAAGAAGACAGAGAUUUGUGAGAGAGAUUAUAAGAAUCAGUUGCCUAAGGAGCCCAGGAAGUGAGCCUGUCUCUUUCUGAGAAUCUAUGAUGCACAGCACCUUCAGAAACAACCACUUCCUCUUCUGAUCUGCUCUGAGAUCAUAUCAUCUGUCCUGCUAGCAAGUCUCAGUUCUGAAGGAUCUUUCUGAGGGUAGUGGGAACAUGUGACGUACAGUGAGAAUGCCUCUGGCCAUGGGUAGAGUGCAUUUUCUUCCAUCACCUGAACAACCCCUGUUGCCCAGCCACAUGUCUCAACAUGAACAGAUCCUUGUUGGCCCUGAUCAAAAGUUCAUCUGCUUCAACAUCUUGCUUUAUUACAGGGGCCAACAAGAUGCCUUCAGGAAGGCCACACACAGGGCAUGAAGCCUUCCCUGGCUGCUGCUCCCUGACAACUUGUAUUCAGUAAUAUGGGUGGGACCCGCAGCAAAAUGUUGUAGGCUAGAGCGCUACUGUUCAGAGUUCCAGCCAGCCAACCAGCCAGCCCUGACCUUUCCCAGGACACUCCAUUCCAAUUUCCCUUGCACCUGGUUUCCCAAGUCAGCAUUCCAUAACCACUGAGCAUGUUCAGCCCUCAGUGGGCUGUUUCGUAGCGCCCCCUCAAACCACUUUUUUGGGGUACUUCUGUAAAACUUCGUGUAGAUGUUGCUGCUUAGCUAUAUAAGGAUCCACACUCAAAGAAUGAGUUUGCUGCUGGUAUAUUCUAAUCUAUCUCUGUCUGUGGAUCUGUAUAGCUAUCUUUAAUGAGAACUUCUGCUUCUGAGAAUGUAGCUUGAAACUUGCAAAGCAACUUAAUUUGGAAAGUUAAAUGGUGCCUGUCCUAUACACUUGCCGCAGUGGUUGGUUGUCCCGCUGCAUUCUCUUUUUCUGCUGUCUACCUGCUUUUUUGAUAAACCUAAGAGCGGUUCCUCAUAUUGGACUCAGCUGCUGUGAGGCUGCGGUCAAAGCUUCAGAGACAAUGCAGGCCACUUAGAGACAGUGCAGGCUCAGUUCUUGCAGCCAGAUGGAAACCGUGGGGUUUUGGAAAGGGUGUGUGUGUGUGCGCGCGCGCGCAUCUGGUGGAUAGGCGUUCCAACUGACCAGAAAAUAAAAAAAUUGGGCCUUCCAACAGCAGCUUUUGAUGUGCUGAUAAAGCUUCCUACAAUGUGGAAAUAAAGAUUAUCCUUCCCUCAAACUGUUUUUAAAGGCAUAGCAGGCUAAACAACUGGCAACCCAAUGGAAGAAUGGGUGGGACUGUUUUAUCACAUGGAACCAGUUGUCAGCCGCAAUGGGUGUUAUCAGUGAGGCCUGGAUCAGGCUUGGGGUGUGGAGGAGAGGCCUCCAUCCUCUCUGCUUUCUCCUUCCUUUCCCCCACCUCAACCAGCAAGGCCUGGAAUGGAACAGGCAACCCCAAGAUGACAGCCAACGUUUCCCCAGCAACCGAGUGAGCCACUGUUAUGAUUUCAUCACUUUGGAUUCUAAGUUACGGGAGAGGCCGCAACUUAGAGCUCCUUUUUUUAAAAAAAGGAAAAUUAAAGAACCCAAACGAAAUAACCUUCCUUCAGGAUUGGUGUGGAGAUAACAAACAUGGGAGCAUGAUGAGGCUGGGAGGGAAAUGGGCCCUGCCAAAAACAAUCCAAACUGGAUUUGUAUUUUGUCUCUCUCCUUGACACUCUUCUCCUUCCCUACAGGACGACACAAUGUCCCGCAAAGGUUGCAUCGCUGUCACAAAGUACUUCCUUUUCCUCUUCAAUUUCUUCUUCUUUGUGAGUACCUUUUUUGGGGUGGGGUGGGGGCCAGGCCUGAUGCCAGGCUAGAUGGGCCCAUCAGUAUGAUUCCCAUUUGCCCUUUGAGAAGCCCAUUGAUGGAGGGUGAGGAAAGAUCUAAAGAAACUUGGAAGCAAUAUGUAGGAACAUAGAUUUAUAACCUUCCCCCCACUCCUUGUUUCUUUCAGCUCCUCGGAGGACUUCUGUUUAGCUUUGGCUUAUGGCUACUUUUUGACCGGGACAGUUUUGCGGCUGUUCUAGGUGAGGCUCGUCAGCGUGGAUGUGGGUGGGGGGCUCUCAGUCCCAUUUCACAUACUUGUCUGUCCCUUCUCCUCCUUGGGUUGUUAAUAUUCCUCCGUCCCAACUGACACUGCACCCCACCCACUAGUCCCACUGGGGAAAUUCUAGGAGAACAAAAAACAGACCUUUCCUUACAGCUGUCUACCAGUGCUUUCCCCGACCUUGGCAUCAUAUUGGUCCUGCUUUCUCCUGCAUCUACGCCUUGGGUUUUUCAGGGGAAAGGCUGUGGGGUAGCUCAUGGCGGCUCAUGUGUAGCAUUUCAGCCCCUUAGAACAUGCUCCCAUAAGCACCUGUUGUUUCACCGAAUCCUUAUACCAGGGAAAAUUUCCAGUCAGGUUGCUGGAGAGAAGUAGGCUUUUAACAAAAUUGGGGGAAGGACUGUAGUUCAGUGGGGGAGAAUUUGCCUUGUGUGCAGAAGGUCCCAGAUUCAAUCCCCUGGCAUCUCCAUGUAGGAGAGAUUCUUGUCUGAAAUCCUGGGCAGCCACUGCUAGUCAUUGUAGACCAGGGUUUCCCAAACUUGGGUCUCCAGCCACUUUAGGAUUACAACUCCCAUCAACCCUAUCUAGCAGGACCAGUGGUCAGGGAUGAUGGGAGCUGUAGUCCGAAAACAGCUGGAGACCCAUGUUUGGGAAACCCUGGUGCAGACAAUGGGCCAGUGGGCAGCUAUUCUUCCUAAAAAUAUUCUCUGCCAUCUCUGGCCUCUUGAGUUUCCUGUCAAGACAGGCUGGACUGAUGAUUUACCUAUUAACUCCCUCUCCAGGGUCGGCGUAUUAUGCCCUCAAGAUCUGGUCCUAUAUUUUCUGUGGGGUCGGCAUCCUCACCAUGUGGAUGGGAUUCCUCGGUUGCCUGGGUUCCCUCAAGGAAAUCAAGUGUAUGCUAGGAUGUGUAAGUAUGUGUGGAGAGAGAGGGGGGGAGUCAAAAAAAGGAACUCAGGCAUAAGGGGUUAAAAGCAAGGCCUGCUGGGAGUUGGCAGGCCUUUUCUGGAAGCAGGACCAGGUGGGUCAAGAACGCACAUGUGGUGGCAGUGGCAAAAGACAAAUCCCACUCUUGGGAGUGACUGGAAGAAGUUCUGAAAAUAAAACUGCCAGUAGCUUCACGAUGUUAUAUAAAUCUGUGGUGUGCUGCUGCAUUUAGAAUACUGCCUACAGUUCUGACCGUGCCACCUCAAAAAAGAAUAGUGUAGAGCUGGAAGAGGUGCAGAAAGAGGCAAGGGAAAUUAUUUGGGUGGGUGGUGCUGCUGGAGAAGGGGGAAGGGCUGCCUACCUGCCACCCCAUAGCAGCAAAGAAAAUGGGGCAAAGUCGUAACCUUUAUUGAUCAGCAUCUAAGAUGGAGGAUAUCCCGAAAAGGGAAGGCUUGUGUUUUCUUCUGGACGCCAGCCAGUCCCUACAGCAAGAAAGGGUCCUAUGCCUUGAAUAGCGGCCUAACAAACAGCCAGGCAGCAGACACAGCAUGCUGGGGACCCUGAAGCCCCACGGACCGUGCUGACGGUGUAGGACCCUGCCUAGAAGUAACAGGAGAAACAUCCAGGGGCUGGGCCUCCCUCGUGGGGUAUAUUCUGUACCUGUGAAAAGCAAGGGGAGACAAAGACAGAGUAAAAAGCAGCAGUCAGGAAGGAAUCGCUGGAGCUGCAGGCAUAGAAAGUGUUUGGGGUGUGUGUGUGAGAGGAACCACCAUCUCAGCUGGCAUCCAGCCUUCUCCCGUGAGAGGGAGACUUGCAGAAGCUCACCUGGCUGUGGUGGGACGUUGGCUGAGUCUCACCAUCCUCUCUUGUUCCCUGUGCCCCACCAGUACUUUGCCUUCCUGCUCCUUCUCUUCCUGGCCCAGAUCAUCAUUGGAAUCUUGGUAUAUUCGCAGAGCAAAACGGUGAGUGGCACUUGGAUAAAAUGUGAAACCUGCGUGUCUCAUGGGAGGGUCAGCGCGGGGCUGCCUUCGGAUUUUCCCCACCGCGGUCCAAAUAAAAACAUCAGAUUAACUAUCUCUCCGUUUCUCUCUCUCGCCACGCUUUCAUCGCUAGGCUAGAUACACGUAAUACGUUUAAGGCACACAUGCCAUCCCCAAGAAUUCUGGCAACUGUAGCUUACCCUUCCCAGAGCUACGAAAUCCAGCACCCCGAGCAAACUAUAUCUCCCAGGAUUCUUUGGGGGGCAGACGGGGAGAAGCAAAUGUGUGCUGUAAACGUGUGGUGUGUAUGGGGCCUCUACACACAGUGGAACGAGGUGAUAAAGUGCAGAGGUGACAGAAGCAACCAUACUGUCUCAACUUGCUGCAGGGGGGCAGCACUUUGUGCAUAAUAGUUUCCCCGAAAGUAGAUGACCUAGCACAUUGGGGAGAAUGGGUUCUAGCUCCACUCACUUCCUGUGUGCUGGUUUUUCCACUCACAGAGAGAGUUUUGUUUGACACAGGGGAAAACAUUUCAAAGAUUCCCCCGCCGUUGUCUGAAGUGGAAAAUUUCAUUCUACCCCCUUACAAAUCCGCCGCCUCGUUCUUUUUGCGUGUGCUGUCGACCGAGCCUCGGUUUCCUUGCCUGAGCAGAGGAAAGAACAAGCAGGGCACGCGAGAGAGGGCUGCUCAUGCCCUUUGAUCUCCCAUUCCCUCUCCGACUGCUUGUGACUCACACGCAGGGGAGAGCAGGGUGAAAGCUGGGGUGAAGCAGGCCCACGCCUCCCUCCUGCCGUGGGUGCGCUUUUGAUCUUUUCUCUCUUUUGGCUGGGUGGUGAACUCUUGCUUUUCCCCACCCUUGAGCCUCAGGCUCUGGCUCCAUUGUAGAUUCUUAAACCCUCCCUUCUACGCUUUCAGGCAGGCUCUAUGUUUUUAAAAAAGCAUUUCUGGGCCAUUUAUUUGGCACAGUUUUCUCUAAGUUAAAUUAUACUGGAGGGAGGAGGAAUGGCUGUGUGAUUGAUGCAAGGGCCAGCUAUUAAGCUCUGUGCGACCAGCCAGCUCCUAUACAGUGGUACCUCAGGUUAAGAACUUAAUUCGUUCCAGAGGUCCAUUCUUAACCUGAAACUGUUCUUAACCUGAGGUACCACUUUAGCUAAUGGGGCCUCGCACAGUGGCCGCACAAUUUCUGUUCUCAUUCUGAAGUAAAGUUCUUAACCCGAGGUACUAUUUCUGGGUUAGUGGAGUCUGUAACCUGAAGCGUUUGUAACCUGAAGCAUCUGUAACCUGAGGUACCACUGUAGUAAACAGGAAAACCCAAUGCUCUCACAUGUACUUCUGUUUAGGAGUUUGUGGGGCAAGUGUAGAUUCAGAGAAGGUGUGCCACUCAAGAAGAGUACGUCACUUCUGUUUGGUUUUCAAGAAUCCAGGGGGAACCGGGCACCACAAUUUUUCAACCUUGUUUACAGGGGCUUCAUUUUCCCCCUGCCUGUAUCUGGGCAGCUGGUAAGGAAACAGCCAGCAUUCCUUUGGGGGGUGGGGUCAUGCCAACCCAAGAAGACACUAUAAGAAAUUUGCUAUAGGGCACACAGAGAAUAAGAGCACCCUAAUGCCUGCUGCUGCUGUCGGAGAGCCGACUUUUUAACUUUACUUUUGUUCCCAUGCAGCUCAACAGAAAGGUUGGUGACUAUGUCACAGAAAUAAUUGAGCACUAUGGGACAUAUAAUCCGUCCACAGAUGAGGAGGAGAGCUGGGAUUUUGUGCAGAUGGAGGUAAGAUACUUUCCUCAAGAAGAAAUGCCCACCCAAGUUUUCUAUGCCUUUUUGAUUCCUCCUGCCAUGUUCAUGGGUGGCUUUCUUUGGUUAUUUACCAUAUUUGCCCAUCUAUAAGACACCCCCAUGUAUAAGCUGCCCCCUAUCUUUGGGGACUCAGAUUUAAGAAAAUGGGGGGAGAUAUAUCAAUGUAUAAGACGUCCCCCUAAUUUUUGACAUUAUUUUUUAGGGGAAAAACCCUAGUCUUAUACACAGAAAAAUACGGUAAUUAAUUUAGCAAAAUUAAUGUACUGCUCAGUUGUGUAAAAAAAAAAAAAAAGCACCCAAAGCAAUUUACUAAAAGAAUAAAACGAGAUUAUCAGAGUUAAAAAUUAUUUGAAACAUUACAAAAAUGAUUAAAAAUCAACAAAGCAAUGGGCUAAAAACCAGAUUGAAACUCAUGCCAAGCCUAAUGAGGAACGGUUGAAGGAGCUGGGUAUGUUUAGCCUGGAAAAGAGGAGAUAGGAUAGCCUGCUUCAAAUAUCCCAAGGGCUGUCACAUGGAAGAUGAAGCAAGCUUGUUUUCUCCUGCUCUGGAGGGUAGGACUCGAACAAAUGGCUUCAAGUUACAAGAAAGGAGAUUCUAAGAUUUAGGAUGAACUUUCUGACUGUUAAGAGCUGUUUGACAGUGGGACGGUCUCCCUUGGGAGGUUGUGGACUUUCCCUCCUUGGAGGUUUUUAAGCAGAGGUUGGAAGUCUAAUGGGCGCUUUAACUGAGUUUCCUGCAUUGCAGGGGGUUGGACUAGAUGGCCCUUGGGAUAGGCUGGCGCGCUGCAGGCCCCGUUGUGAGUGCCGCCCCCCAUUUUGUCACCCGCUCGGUGGUGACACCCAGGGUGGACCGCCCUCAUCGCCCCCCUUCCUCUGCCCCUGGGGUAGCUUUCUCUUCCAGCCCCCAGGUCUUCUUCUCAUGGUCUCUCUCUUUUGCCUCCCUGCAGUUCCAGUGUUGCGGAUGGAUCCUCUCCAAUGACUGGAUGGAGAACAGCAUAAUAAAGAACUCCUCUUACCACCUCUAUCCCUGCUCGUGCCGCGGCAACGUCUCUCAGCCUGGCCAGCCAGGGAACAGCACCACCGCUGCCCCCACCACCAGGCCGAAGAUCGCAGGCUUCUGUAACUCUUACGGGCAACCGUGGUCCGUCUAUGAGAUGGUGAGUAGCCGAAGGCCGGGGAGAGGAAGCUUGCAACCCUUCUCUGGUCAGAAUCCGACCCUUGUUGUGCUCUGAGCUUGUCUUGCAUGGCUUGGAGAAAGUGGAUAGAAAGAGGCUUUCUCUUCCCACCCUGUUAAUUCUAAAACUCCCAAGUCACCCAGUGAAAUGGAUCGGCAGCAAUCCUAGAAGACCUUUAAUCUUAAUAAUUAGGUAAAGGGAUCCCUGACCAUUAGGUCCAGUCGUGACCGACUCUGGGGUUGCGGCACUCAUCUCGCUUUAUUGGCAGAGGGAGCCGGCGUACAGCUUCCGGGUCAUGUGGCCAGCAUGACUAAGCCGCUUCUGGCGAACCAGAGCAGUGCACGGAAACGCCGUUUACCUUCCCACCAGAGUGGUACCUAUUUAUCUACUUCCACUUUGACGUGUUUUCGAACUGCUAGGUGGGCAGGAGCAGGGACCGAGCAACAGGAGCUCACCCCGUCGCAGGGAUUCGAACCGCCAACCUUCUGAUCGGCAAGCCCUAGGCUCUGUGGUUUAACCCACAGCGCCACCCACACCCCUAUUAUUAUCCUAGAAGACCUUUAAUCUUAAUCUUUAGGAUUCUGCUAUUCGAGGGUUUGGCAAAUCGCCUUCCUUGGAAAAAGGUAUCUCAUAAACUGAAAGUACCUAAAGGGCAGAGCUUGAAGGACAUAUAGAUAUAGAUGACAUGAUUUUAUUUCUUAUAUAAAUAUUGAGGCACAUGGUCAAAAUGAUAUAUGCAAAAUGUCUGGCUCAGUUAAGGCUAUAUAGAGCCUUUGUUCACAAUAAUGAUGGAACUUGGAGGCUGAGAGUACUUUUAUAAGUUUUUAUUAAGGGAACCUUGGCGUGAGUUAACAUGCUAUUAUUAUUAUCUCUUUGGAGCUGUGUUGUUAUCUUUUCAUACUUUUGUCCUUCCAGGCUGCGAUGCUUUAUGGUUUAAAUUUUUGAUUCUUUGUUUUCGGUUCUGUCUGCACAUUGGUUGUUACAUCAAUGUAAAAAUGUGUUCUGGGAGGGGGGAAUUGGCAGUCCAUUCAGCAACAGACAAAAGGAAACACUUUUCUGCACGCUGUGUAGUUAAUUUAUGGGAUGCACUCCCAUGCAAUGUGCAUGGUGCAGUUUUGACCGUGCUAGACUGAACGUAAUGAUCUUACCAGGCAGUAGUGGGGUGGGGGAAGGGCUGAUUUUGAAAUUGCAACAUUUUCACUUCACUUACUUCAAAAUGCAGUAAGACAGCUUAGCUGCGGGGGCCGGUGAUCCUCUGUUUCAAUCUCCUGGGAGUGGGGGCUGGACAUCUGCACCCCCAGUCCUUCCUUGCUGGCAACCACUGCUGGGAAUGGCCACCGGUUUGGAUGGCUUUAAAUGGGUAAUAAAGCAAGUUCAUGGGACGCAGAUGGCACUGUGGGUUAAACCACAGAGUCUAGGACUUGCCGAUCAGAAGGUCGGCGGUUCGAAUCCCUGCGACGGGGUGAGCUCCCGUUGCUCGGUCUCUGCUCCUGCCAACCUAGCAGUUCGAAAGCACAUCAAAGUGCAAGUAGAUAAAUAGGUACCGCUCUGGCGGGAAGGUAAUCGGCGUUUCCGUGCGCUGCUCUGGUUCGCCAGUAGCAGCUUAGUCAUGCUGGCCACAUGUCCCGGAAGCUGUACGCUGGCUCCCUCGGCCAAUAAAGCGAGAUGAGCGCCGCAACCCCAGAGUCGGUCACGACUGGACCUAAUGGUCAGGGAUCCCUUAACCUUUACCUUUAAGCAAGUUCAUGGAGGAUAGGACUUAUUAGCCAUUGUAGCCAAAUGGAACCUCCAUGUUCAGAAGCAGUGCAUAGCUGAAUACAGAACUUGUGGCAGGCUGUUGCCUUGCUGCCGUGUUCCCGGACUUCUUGGAUGCAUUUGGUUGCUGUCUGGGAUGCAGAAUGGUGGUCUUGACAGCUCUUCUCUUUUCAGAACACGCACACAUGCAACCAAGCAGCCUUUUUAAACAAAUACACCUUUGUCCAAUUGUAGGGCUGCAUGGACGGCGUCCAGACCUGGCUCACGAAUAACAUCGUCACCAUUGUGGGGAUCAGCCUUGGGAUUGCGCUCAUGGAGGUAAGAGGUCUGGGCGAGCUGCUGCAGGUUGGUGUGGCUGCGGUUCUCCGCAGCUGUGCAAGGAGUAGAACUGCUGGCAUUGCCAAUAGUAGUGGAGGUUGCGGUGGAGCUCCGCCGCUUCCCUGGCCUCCCGGCAGCUGAGUCGCUGCUGCUUACCAGGAAGGAGAGGGCGAGGCAGCAGCAAGGAGGCUGGCAUGGUGCAAACGCACCACAGCAGCCAGUCUGGUGCUCCUGCUGGUGUGUUUGCACCACCCCUCUGCUGCCUCGCUCCUCUCCUGCCCAGCAAGCAGCAGCGACUCCACUGCUGGGAGGUCAGGUGAGCGCUGCCACGCCGCAAUGCUACCUGCUACUUAUUUGCUCGAUCUGCCUCCUGGAAAGCCGCUAGAGCUAUUUAUCUUUCAUUUGCCUCACCUUGUAAUAAGAGGUGCUCACUUCCCAGAAAGACAGAGGCUCUAGGCCUUCAGUUCUGCAACCCUCUAUUCACCCAGAAUAUAUGUGGUUGAGCGAGUGGGGGGAGGGUCUUAUCUGUGGAUGCAGUUCCUACAGAGACCUGAGGGUGUUUCUGUUGCUGAGCAAAAAGGGGAAGCAUACCAGUGCUGCCACCUUGGUGCUCUGCGGAGGAAAACCACAAGAAGUCCCUGUAAGUGCUGCUCCAGUCUGGACCACUAAGUGCUGUUGACUGUGGAAUUAUGCUACGUGGGUGAGAGAUGGUCUGCCCUUUCCCCUCCUCAGCCUAAAACCUUUCUUGUAGUUCCUGCAGCUGCUGUGCAUGAUCCUGAUCAGCGCACUAGAGUACAGGGACUUGCAUAGUGAUGGCUCCCAUGAGAUCCUCUACUUCCCCAGCAGGUGGCAGAUGGGAGUGUAUUUGUAUGCAUGCACUGAUGUGGUUUUGCUCAAGGGCCUGCCUUGGUAUAUUAGCUGUGUACAUUUGUGUUUACCAGUGCUGGGAGGACUUGUGUGUUGUUGUUGCUGCUGUUGCUGUUGUUUGCUUAUUUCCCCUCUGGUCCAAAUCCGAUUUGUGUGGGCUUUUAUUUGUAUGUCCUGUGCAUGAUUUUGGUCUUGUGUGUGUGCUGGCCAUCAAAACUGCUAGCAUAUUGAAGUCAUUGUGAAUUCCUUGGUGGAUUCUUGGCCUGUGUCCCCUGAAUUCUCAGAUUAUGGGGUUUUUGUGUGUGCCUGCAGGGUGGUUGGGAGGAUAAAAUGGGGAGCCAAAGCAUCAUGUGCACCACCUUGGGCUCCUUGAAGGAAAGGUGGGAUAUAACAGGGAGUGAGUGAAUGAAUGGGGUGUUUAGCUCCUUCUACUCUCGCCUCCGCCAUCCUUCUGGCUUUCGUCACUGCCACCUCCAGCGGCUUGGCAGACUCUCGUCUCAGCUGUUUGGGCCUUUAUAUAGUGCGCUGUGUGAUCAACACCUGCCCAGUAAGGGCAUGUGGACUGCCCUGCUGGCACCGGCAAGUGGGGUGCUGAGGCCAGCUGUGGCCUGCUUGCAUGUUUUGUGUGUUGGCUGCUGCAGUUAUGUGGAAAAGCAGGUUGCUUUGUGGUUCUCGAGACCCAUGCACCUCCCUGCCAUGUGUCCAGGCAUGCCUGUGAAUGCAGUGUUUUGGUUGGCUACACAAAGCAACACACACACACACACACACACACACACACCAGGAAUUGCAUGUUUUCCUUGUGCUCCUUCCCCAAGUGUACUCUCCCAAACCUCCUCUGUCUCUUUGUUUAUUUUUAUUUUUUUGCUUAUUUUAAACCCUUUUGCUGUUGCCCGCACAGGGACAUCUACUUCGAGUAUUGGCAAGGUAAUUACUCCAGGUGAAGCAGGAAGGCUGAGCUCUGCCUCUGCCUGAUAGGGAUUUAGCUGCUGCAAAUCUGUGUGUAUCGGGGCCUCCUUUCCUCCUUUUCCUCCUCGCUGUCAAUUGCCACGUGCCUGCCCUCUAGGCUGCUUCGCAAGGGGAGCCUUGAUGCCCCCUCAGAGCAAGAAGAGGAAGUGUUUAGAGCGCCCAAGCCUCUACCCUCCAUAAGAGAAAGAGAGAAGGGGAAAGAGAACGAGAAAGCGGUGGAGGGGCUAGAAAGAAAAUUUCAAAAUAUAGCUAAAAUGCAACAGGAGGGAGUUCAGAGUGGUUAUUUCUAGGGAGGGAGGAAUUAUUACUGAUAACCCACCCUGUUCCCUCUAAGAUGCACACGCCAUUCUGAUCUCCUUCAGCAUCUCCUUCCAUUCCGAAGCCAGUAUUUAGACCCGGCAGCUCUUUGAAACGCCAAGGCAAGAGCAAGUAAAAAAACCACACCAAAUAUCACAAAGUGAAAUAAAAAAGCAAAACAAAAGAAUAAAACAAUAUAGAAUAAUGCGUUCACCUGCUUUGCAUGCAGAUGGUCUCAAGGCAGGACUAAGAGAUCCCUGCCUUGAAAUCCCGGAGAGCCACUGCUGGUGUGUGGACAAUGCUGAGACAAGGGUCUGACUCUGUACAGUGCAAGGCAGCUGCCCUGUGUUCCUGGAGUGCUCUCUCUGCUUCCCUGCCUGAACCACUGAGUAAUUGCCUGCCUGCCUAUUCAGAUCUGGAAUGAAUGGCAAGUAGGGCUUUCCAGGUCGAAGUGCAGAUUGAACUGAAGGUGGAACCCAACAUACUUCCGCUUCGUAAACCAAAUCUGAAUGUUUUGAAUAGACUUGGUCUGUAGCGGAACAAUGUCUGUUGUCACUAGCACAAGGGCAGCAUUGCCUUCCAGAGUAGAAGAAAAGCAGGGUGUUUUUUUUCGUGAUGGUAACAAAAUAAUUAGCAAUCGUGUAGUGCUUCCGAAUGUUCAGAGUGCUCUGUAUGCAUUGUCUUGUGAUCCUUACAACGUCAGGCGUUGCAUGUUUCCAUGCUGGUCUGUGGCCCACUCCAGAUGCUGUAUGUCCUUUUGAGUGCUGUAGAUGUGUGUGUAGAUGUAAUAGCCUUGGCUAUUAGACCACUUGGAAAUGUGGUGGCCAGGGACUGCAUCCUUCUACCUAAGGAACGGCGCUUUAACUGCAAGAAUGAGACGGUUCUGGCAAGCCCCGCACUGUGUUGGCCUUGGGAUUGCCAUGGGUGUGGAGCGCAUGUGUGUGUAUGCAUGCUCCUACAGAUAAACUGCGGGUUGCUGGGACUCGGAUGCUCAUCCUGAAACUCCUACCUCGGCCUGUGCUGAGAUGGGCCUGAGUUGAGGUGCAAGUUCUGGCAGGGGAAACAGACUGCACAACUGUGUAGAAACUGUUUUGCAGGAGAUGCGAGCUCAUGUUCAGCCACUUCCACGAAUAACGCACUGAGUGAGGCACUUCCUCUCCACGUGCAAAAUGGGUGUUAUGAUUGCCUGCCUCCUCCUUGGGGUUGCUGGAAGGAUAAAUGAAAGUGUAGCUUUAAAAAGAAGAACCCUCCCUCUGCUGGAUAAUCUGUAGACAGUGUUAAAAACUUUUAGAUAUACAGUGGUACCUCAGGUUACAUACGCUUCAGGUUACACACUCCGCUAACCUAGAAAUAGUGCUUUAGGUUAAGAACUUUGCUUCAGGAUAAGAACAGAAAUCGGGUUCUGGCGGCGCAGCGGCAGCAGGAGGCCCCCAUUAGCUAAAGUGGUGCUUCAGGUUAAGAACAGUUUCAGGUUAAGUAUGGACCUCCGGAACGAAUUAAGUACUUAACCUCAGGUACCACUCUCAAUCGCCAAAUGGCACCUUAAACUUGGGUUACGGUUGCCACAAUGGAACGUUUGGGCGACUUUCCUCCCCACCCGUGGGAUUUAUUAUUAUUAUUAAUUUCAUUUCUAUACUGCUUUAUAUUUUAAAUAAAAAAAUCUCAAAGUGGUUUACAACACAUCAAAGCAUCAAAUAAAACAACCCAUAAUAAUAAAAAAAUCAGGCAUCAAGGAAAAUAUUUCAGAUCCUUCUCUUGAUAUUUUGCUUUCCCCAUAUUUAUUUACCUACUUAAUUCAUAGAGCUGGCCUGUAGCAGGAAUCUAAUAAGCCAGUGAGGUGUCAUGAUUAAAGUAUCAGACCUGAGAGAUCAAGGUUCAAAUCCCCACUCAGUCAUGACCUUGGGCCAGUCGCAGCCUCUUAUCCUUCCUCACAGGGUCAUUGUAGGGAUUAACUGAGAUGGGGGGGGUGAACCAUGUACUAUUUGGAGGAAAAGGUGGGAUAUAAAUGCAGUAAACAAGCUUUUCUGCUGACCUGUUUUGCUUUACCUAGGUCGAGCUAGGAUUAUAAUACAUCAGAAUUUUGGGGGUUCUACCCUUGUUUGAAUUUUGGUCAUUUAAAAUUCUAUUUCCUUCUGAGGAAACUGAAUACUUCAGUGAAACGAGGUUUGUAGCCGGCAUCCUGUUAAGGCUUUGUUCUGUUUUAGGUUUUUCUAUUUUUUUCCCUUAAGCUUUUUGAUUUUUAUUAUUUAGUUGAUUUCCACAAGAAAAUAUUUCUAGUCGGUUACUUCUUGUUUCUGGGAUUCUCACGGUAUUUCAUUUGUUUUGUGCGACCUGUUUAAGAAAGCUGGCAGGGCCAGCCAGAUGAAGAUGUCAGUCGCGAACCUGGCAUCAUCAGGUCUCCAUGUGGUCACAAUUGGACCUGCACUAGUUGGCACCUGGGGGAUUUCAAACACUGUAGAUACCGUAUUUUUCGCUCUAUAGGACGCACCCGACCAUAGGAGGCACCUUGUUUUAGAGGGGGAGAAGAAGAAAAAAAAUUCUCCCCCUCUCUGCUCAGCGCCCCUUCAGCGAAGCGGCAGGAGAAACGGAGCCCCUUCCAUUUCUCCUCCCGCUUGGCUGAAGGGGCGCUGAGCAGCUCUCCCUCUCUGCUGAAGCCGGGAGACUCUUGCUCUCCCGGCUUCAGCAAAAGGAACCUGAAUGACAUCCCCACUCAGUCAUGACCUUGGGCCAGUCGCAGCCUCUUAUCCUUCCUCACAGGGUCAUUGUAGGGAUUAACUGAGAUGGGGGGGGUGAACCAUGUACUAUUUGGAGGAAAAGGUGGGAUAUAAAUGCAGUAAACAAGCUUUUCUGCUGACCUGUUUUGCUUUACCUAGGUCGAGCUAGGAUUAUAAUACAUCAGAAUUUUGGGGGUUCUACCCUUGUUUGAAUUUUGGUCAUUUAAAAUUCUAUUUCCUUCUGAGGAAACUGAAUACUUCAGUGAAACGAGGUUUGUAGCCGGCAUCCUGUUAAGGCUUUGUUCUGUUUUAGGUUUUUCUAUUUUUUUCCCUUAAGCUUUUUGAUUUUUAUUAUUUAGUUGAUUUCCACAAGAAAAUAUUUCUAGUCGGUUACUUCUUGUUUCUGGGAUUCUCACGGUAUUUCAUUUGUUUUGUGCGACCUGUUUAAGAAAGCUGGCAGGGCCAGCCAGAUGAAGAUGUCAGUCGCGAACCUGGCAUCAUCAGGUCUCCAUGUGGUCACAAUUGGACCUGCACUAGUUGGCACCUGGGGGAUUUCAAACACUGUAGAUACCGUAUUUUUCGCUCUAUAGGACGCACCCGACCAUAGGAGGCACCUUGUUUUAGAGGGGGAGAAGAAGAAAAAAAAUUCUCCCCCUCUCUGCUCAGCGCCCCUUCAGCGAAGCGGCAGGAGAAACGGCGCCCCUUCCAUUUCUCCUCCUGCUUGGCUGAAGGGGCGCUGAGCAGCUCUCCCUCUCUGCUGAAGCCGGGAGACUCUUGCUCUCCCGGCUUCAGCAAAAGGAACCUGAAGCCUUCGGAGUGCAGCGCGAGUUCCCACUGUGCUCCAAAGGCUUCAGGCGGCUAUCCCUGAAGCCUGUAGAGCACCGACCCCUCUCGCUCUCCAGGCUUCAGCAAAAGCAACGUGUAGCCUCUGGAGCACGGAGGGAGUGCUCCCUCUGCGCUUCGGAGGCUUUGCGUUGCUAUCGUUGAAGCCAAGGAGCCUGCAUUCGCUCCAUAGGACGCAUACACAUUCCCCCUUAAUUUUUGGAGGGGAAAAAGUGUGUCCUAUAGAGCGAAAAAUACAGUAGUUUAACUUCUCCUCCCUCCUUAUCCAGCUAGAUUGGGGGGGGGGAGAAAUAAUGGCCUCCUGCUUUCUUCCAUAAACCUGUUUUUAAAAAGCCCAGGCAACUCCAGAAUGCGAAGGCUGCCCUGGUGUUUCCUGUGAGGUCCACCCCCUAGGUGAUCAAUGUUCCAUGAAAUGCAGCUGGGGCUGCCGGUGGUUGUAUCAGAGCAGCAACGUGAGCCCUCUUUUAACUCGAUCUCUUUCUUCCCACAGCUCUGCCUCAUGACGCUAUCGAUGUUUCUGUGUAGGACCAUCGGGCCAAACUAUGACAAGCUGGCUCGCUACUCCUAGGAGUCGAAUCACCACUUCCCAGAGUUCCAGACUUUAUUAGGGGGCGGCAAUGGAAUCCAUCCCUUUAAAUUCAAAACUUUCCACUUCAGGGCUGCAAGGUGCCUCUGGAGAUUCUCUACCUAACCUUUCCUUGCACAGAGCUAGAAUUGGUUCUACCAUAACCUUGGGAAAAGAAAUUAAACUCUCAGGAGUUGCAGGCGUCAGGAGACUCCAUUACAAUACCCUGCAGAACUCUUCAUACAGCAAAACAGAUGAUUUAGCCCUUAAAUCAUCUCCCCAAACCAUUAGCUUAUCCAUUCCGAAAUUUGAUGUAAUAAUGCCAAAAGAUUUACUCCCGAUGUUUUUCUGAUUAUUUUGGCUCUUGAGUGUUUAGUUUGUGACAUCCAAAGCUAGACCCUGCUUCAGCACUGUUUGGCAGAAUAAGGAGUUCACUGCCAGACUCGAGUGGAUUACAAAACAUAACUUGGAAAGCAAAUGUGUGUUUUUAAAGGUUUCUUUUUUUACUACUAAUAAUAACAACCAUAACAAUUCUAUUGACUAUUCCGUAAAAUUCCUUAAUAAGCUUGUUUCGGAAUUAAUCCUGCCUUUCGUAGUACAAAAACAAAGCUGAUGUUAAAAUGUUUAAAUUUUAUUUAGCAGCGAAAGAAAGGAAAGUACUGAGAACUUGGACGAGCCAUGUUUUUGAGCGAUGGUGCUCAGGUGCUUGGUGCAACAUUUUAAAUUGGGGAUGGGGAACCUGUGGUCUUCCUGAUAUUGCUAGACUAAAACUCUCAUAAUCUCUGGCCCUCCUAGCUGGGACUGAUGGGAAUUGUACUCCAAAACAGAAGGGAGUGCCUGUGAAAUUCUUUUGACCCACUCAGUUUACACCUUGUACUGCAAUGUCUAACCCAGGGAUGAGCAUCCUGUGGCCCGCCCAGCUGCUGGACUCCCAACUCCCAUCAUCCCCAACCAUCACAGGCACGAUGGAAGUUACAGUCCAGCAACAUGAGCCACAGGUUGCCCACCUUUGCUCUGAGUCACCUUGGCUGGAUUUGCUGAAAAUGCCUAGGUGACAACAGCCAUUGUCCCCUCCAAUCUCCCCUCUUCCAGUCGUUAGAAAACUUCCAACCUUUGUUCUGAAGCCCUUCCCUACCCCGCGACCCUGCUCUCCCCCUCCCAUUUUCUGUUUGUUAAGACUGCAGGUUGAGACUGUGGGCUUCCCCGCCAUGGAAAGUUUGGUCCAAUUUUUGUCUCUCAUAAUCUUAACGCAUGCACACCCCAGCUAGCUGCCUGCACAGGAGGUGGGGAACAUGUGGCCUUCCAGAUGUUGUUGGGCCCCCAACUCGUCACCUCAGACAGGUUCGACAUCUGGAAGGCCACAGGUUGCCUCCCCAUUCCAACAGUUUGAAUGCACUUAUCCUUCUCAGAUGGGCUCUUCUUACACAAAGGAAACACAAGCGAGGGUAGCCAGCUCUGGUAAAGACGUCUUCAUUGUGAACACUUGAAAUCCCAGGGAAGGAGGAAAACUUUGCUUGUCUUGGGCAUGGGUGUCUGCCAGGCAAGCUCCAGAUCUGAGGGGGCUGUUGGGCAGCAGCUUUUGAUCCAGCAUCUUAGCCUGUUUUGAACAAUAAGACUAGAAACAAGUAUUUUAAGGGGGACCGAGGGCAGGUAUUUGUCAUGGGUCCUGCUUGGACUUUUCUAGGUCUUGGCAGCUGCCCAACAAGGCCAGGUUCUACUCUCAAUCUUGUGUGUGCACGCGUACGUUGGUGGUCUCCCAGAGCUUUGGCUGGAGCUACAUAAGCCCUUUCUCCCCCGACGUCUUGGUAACUAUUUGGAAAAGUUGUGCUCAACUCACAUCAUUUGUCGUUACUUUUGAUAUUCUGCUCCACUUGUUUAUACCUGUACAUUGUCUGAUGGGAAAGCCCAUUUCUAACACUUGCUGCAUGUGUUGUGUAUCUGUUUAUGCAUGCAAACCACUUGGAUGUUUGACAUACAGUCAUACCUCGGGUUAAAGUAGCUGCGGGUUGAGCUCCGCGGUGACCCGGAAGUAAUGGAACACGUUACUUCCGGGUUUUGCUGCUUGCGCAUGCGCUCAAAAUGUCACACGCAUGCGCAGACGCGGCAAAUUGCGAGCCGCGCAUGCGCAGAGGUGGGUUGUUCGCUUCAGGAUGCGAACGGGGCUCCAGAAGGGAUCCCAUUCGCAUCCAGAGGUACCACUGUAGUGGAGUCGUGAGGGAACACAUGUUAAAAGGGAAGAUGCUGGUGGAAUGAGGUACGCAUAUAUAAUUUCACCUGUAUCCGUAGCUUGUUGCUUCUUAACAGUAUUUGGGGUUGUUUUGUGCAUUUUGUGGGUUGGGUUUUUUAUUAUUAUUAUCCUGUUUUGUAAAUAAAUAAAUAAAAAUCCCUAAAUGGC